AUGGACGGAACAAGCCUCACUGGCAAAGUGGCAAUUGUCAGUGGUUCCUCAUCAGGAAUCGGCGCUGCAAUCAUACGAGAGCUCUCAUCCCGUGGCGCCAAUACAGUGGUGAACUACCCAUUCGCUCACUUGAAGGAGGAAGCAGACAACUUGGUGGGCUCUCUGCCCUCGCCAUCUAUUGCCGUUGACGCGAAUAUGUCAUUAGUUACAUCUCCACAGAAGCUAGUAGACGCUGCAGUUUCAAAAUGGGGUCAAAUUGAUAUUGUGGUCAAUUGUGUCGCGCUUGCCGUGAACAAGCCAUUUGAAUCACAGACUCUAGAAGACUGGGACCUGUUAGUCAAUACAAAUGGACGGAGGCGUGGGAGGAUUGUGAAUAUCGUCAGCAUUUCCGGUCGUGGACCUCCACCAAACCAGACCAUCUAUGCGGGAACAAAAGGGAUGGUGGACUCUUUCACAAAAUGCUGGGCUAAAGAGCUGCCACCCAAAUAUGGUUGCACAGUUAAUGCUGUCAGUCCUGGUCCUACGAAGACUGAAGGCUUUGCGGCUGCCGGUGAAGACCAAAUGAAGAUUCUGCAGCCGAUUAUCGACCAAACACCGGUUGGACCGAGAAUGGCAGAGCCAGAGGAGGUCGCUUUUGCGGUCGCAUUUCUGUGUGAGGAGCGUGCAAGAUGGAUCAAUGGAGCACAUAUUGUUGCAUCUGGUGGGCUUUCCAUUGACUAA